AUCGAAGGGGGGAAUUUAUCCUACACUGAUUCACAGAAGAAGUUUCUGGUACUCAAUGGCUGCAAAGCUGGGUUCGUUUAGGCACUCUCUGCUAGAGAAAAGGGAUAAAACAAAAGGGUAUUCAGUGCUGGGAUUAACCAACGAAGAAGAAGAACGACGACGGGGUUGGUUUUCUUACGGAUUCAUAAGCGAAAAAGUGAACGGGUUGUUAAAGGAAGUUCGACAUGUUUCAGGUCAGGCAUGGAAGAUGGGAAAAUCCGAUCCCAGAAAGAUUAUUUUCUCUGCCAAGAUGGGUCUUGCCUUGGUGCUUAUUUCCUUGCUUAUUUUCUUGAAACUACCCAUGAAGGAUCUCAGCCAGUACUCUGUUUGGGCUAUUCUCACCGUGGUCGUAGUAUUUGAAUUCAGUAUAGGAGCAACUCUUAGCAAAGGAUUUAACCGUGGGCUGGGAACAUUAUCGGCUGGAGGGCUUGCUCUUGCUAUGGCAGCACUGUCGGAGUUGGCUGGAAAAUAUGAAGAAGUUGUUGUUGUUAUUAGCAUCUUUAUUGUAGGAUUCUUUUCAACUUAUGCAAAACUAUACCCGACGAUGAAGCCUUACGAGUAUGGAUUCCGAGUGUUCAUUUUGACGUAUUGUUUCAUAAUAGUAUCUGGGUAUAAGACAGGGGACUUCAUCCAUACGGCCGUGACACGGUUUUUGUUGAUUGCACUCGGUGCCGGUGUUUCUUUAGUUAUUAAUGUAUGCAUUUACCCAAUCUGGGCUGGUGAGGAUCUACACAAUUUGGUUGCCAAAAAUUUCUCGAGUGUGGCGAAUUCCUUGGAAGGAUGUGUUAAAGAGUACCUUAACUGUGUUGAAUACGAGAGGGUCCCUUCGAAAAUUCUUACUUAUCAAGCUUCCGAUGAUCCUGUUUACAGUGGCUAUAGAUCAGCUGUUGAAGCUUCGAGUCAAGAGGAAGCUCUGUUGGGUUUUGCCAUCUGGGAGCCUCCACAUGGUCCGUACAGGUCACUUCUUUAUCCUUGGAAGAAUUAUGCCAAACUAAGUGGAGCUUUGAGGCACUGUGCAUUCAUGGUCAUGGCGUUACAUGGUUGUAUACUUUCAGAAAUACAGGCUCCACCAGAACGGAGACAAGUCUUUUAUCAUGAACUUCAGAGGGUAGGUGCUGCAGGUUCUAGUGUAUUGCGUGAGCUCGGGAACAAAGUUAAAAAGAUGGAGAAGUUAGGCCCUGUCGACAUGCUAUUGGAAGUACACGAGGCUGCAGAGGAGCUACAACACAAAAUCGACCGAAAAUCCUACCUUCUCGUCAAUGCCGACAAUUGGGAAAUCGGGAACCGACCAUGUAGUCCAGCAGAGCCUCAAGACUUAUUGAACUUGGAUGAUGAAGAACACAAAGUCCUGGGUUACAAGUCCCUCAGCGAAGCAGUACUCGAUCUCAGAUCGGUUACUAUACCAAAUAGUUGGGAUGGCCUGCAUAACAGUGUCGGUGUCGCCCCCACUGUCCCUCCUCCGGAUGCAACCUCUAACGACAUCAAGAAGCAGAUAUCAUGGCCUGCAACCUACUCGUUUACUGAUGAUGCAUUGCCGCCUUUGGGAGAGUCGAAAACAUACGAGAAUGCAAGUGCAUUGUCACUGGCGACAUUCACUUCGCUUUUGAUCGAAUUCGUGGCACGGCUGCAAAACGUCGUCGACUCUUUUAUAGAGUUGAGUGAGAAAGCCAACUUUAAGGAACCCAAUGAGCCUACCAGUACCAGCAGCAGCAAGAGAGCUCACCGGCCUUUGGUCUAGACUGUUUAGAAUAGAUUCGUCUGAAAUAGGGAGGAUUAGAGAUCAACAUCUGGGCCACAACAAGUUUCUCUUAUCAAACUAUGUUAUGUACAUAGACUGUAUAUAUAGAUUUAAAUAUAUUUUUUAUUAUUUAGCCAA